AUGAACCCUUCAACCAAAGAACCAUCAACCCACGCCCUCUCUGUCAACAUCUAUGGCCGUGGCGACGCCUCCCUCGGCGACAGCCCCUCGCACAUGGGCAUAGCCGUAUACGAAAUCGGCGGCUCAACCUGUCAAAUGCAUCAUAUCCGCAACCCCAGCGACGAGUACUUCAUCUACGACCCACGUGUCCAGCCUCUUCAGGAUGACCCUGUCAUGAGAGGACGUUGCGAGUUGAUCACCUUCCAUCAGGAGAGAUGUGAACAUGUGAACAACCUACUCUCCUCAUUUGGGAACGACGCAUCUAAUAUUCCUGAAUUCGGUGUCGGUAAUUGUCAGGAUUGGGUGGCUGAUGCGGUUGCCAUGCUGGAAGAUGCCGGUGUUGUAGCGAGUGGGGAGGGUGCGUUCUGGAAGAGUAUGAUUAAUGGGGGUGCGGAGAGUAUUAAGCGUGCGUGUGGGGAGUCCGGGAGGAAGUGGAUUGAUGGGCCGGAAAUGACGUUUGAGGGGGAGCCGGAUGCGAGGUUCGGUGAUAGAGAUGGAGAUAGUAAGAAGGAGGUUGGGAAGUUGAAGGAUAAUGAGGAUUUUAGGGAGAGGAUGCAGGUGUUGAUGGGGAAGGGCAGUACUGUUGGUGAAGGAGGGGAGAGGAAUGUGGCUGAGAGGCCGUUUUAUGUGUCUAGUCCGUUUUUCAGUCAGACGAAUAAGCGUGGCUAG